GCAUCCCUGGAGCGAGCAGCUGCCCAAGGCGUGGAGCUGGAAGAGCUCUUGGACAGAACCUUUCAGGUGGCUGGGAGCUCUGUCAGCUUUGGUCACCUUGGGCCGGGCUGGGAGCGCUGCGGCGGGAGCCUGGAGGACGGUGAGCUGCGGAGCAGUGCCUAGAGCCCAGCCCUGCCUGUCGCGGCCUCAAGCCCUGGGAGGCACCAGGUGCCCGGAACUUUGGGCACCGCCUCUGGGACUCCCUGGCCACCAGCAGACAGGAUGGUGAGCUCCCUGCAUCCUGUUCUUUGGGCAUGGGUAGGCAGAGCCAGUGUGCUGGGAACUGCCUCACACCUGAUAAAAAAGGAGUGAGUGCUACUAUUUUAAGUUAUUGAAUGGAUCCUCUGGGGUUGAUAAGGGGAAGGGACAAAGAUUAGGCAGAGAGAGGGUUAGGGUACCCCACCAGAUUGGGCAGGCACUAGAUGUGCCAAGUGGGGCACAUCUCCAAAGGGCAGCUGGAGUUCCAGAGCUGUCUGGGUUCCCCUCCCCCUCCCAGGCAGGCCUUCCCACCCCAGGCUUCCGUGACCACAGGUGCUUGCCUCCUGUCCCUUGGUGCCUGUCUGCUGAUGUGCCCAGCCUGUGCCCACCAUGCCGCCCUCCAUCACGGCCUUCCAGGCCGCGUAUAUUGGCAUCGAGGUGCUCAUCUCCCUGGUCUCUGUGCCUGGAAAUGUGCUGGUAAUCUGGGCAGUGAAGGUGAACCAGGCACUGCGGGAUGCCACCUUCUGCUUCAUCGUGUCACUGGCAGUGGCUGAUGUGGCAGUGGGCGCUUUGGUCAUCCCACUUGCCAUCCUCAUCAACAUUGGGCCACAGACCUACUUCCACACCUGCCUCAUGGUCGCCUGCCCUGUCCUCAUCCUCACUCAGAGCUCCAUCCUGGCCCUGCUGGCAAUUGCUGUCGACCGCUACCUCCGUGUCAAGAUCCCACUCAGGUACAAGACGGUGGUGACGCCCCGAAGGGCUGUGGUGGCCAUCGCCGGCUGCUGGAUUCUCUCCUUUGUGGUGGGCUUGACACCCAUGUUCGGCUGGAACAACCUGAGUGUGGUGGAGCGAGCCUGGCUGGCCAAUGGCAGCGUAGGCGAGCCCGUGAUCAAGUGCCAGUUUGAGAUGGUCAUCAGCAUGGAGUACAUGGUCUACUUCAACUUCUUUGUCUGGGUGCUGCCCCCACUGCUGCUCAUGGUCCUCAUCUACCUGGAGGUCUUCUACCUGAUUCGCAAGCAGCUCAACAAGAAGGUGUCGGCAUCCUCUGGCGACCCACAGAAGUACUACGGGAAGGAGCUGAAGAUCGCCAAGUCGCUAGCCCUCAUCGUCUUCCUCUUCGCCCUCAGCUGGCUGCCCCUGCACAUCCUUAACUGCAUCACCCUCUUCUGCCCUUCCUGCCAUAACCCCAGCCUCCUCAUGUACAUCGCCAUCUUCCUCACACAUGGCAACUCGGCCAUGAAUCCCAUCGUCUAUGCCUUCCGCAUCCAGAAGUUUCGGGUUACCUUCCUUAAGAUUUGGAAUGACUACUUCCGCUGCCAACCUGCACCCGCCAUGGAUGAGGACCCUCCAGAAGAGAGGCCUGAUGACUAGACUCCACCUCCUGCUCCCACCCGCCCACAUCUGGGGCGUCUCAGCCCAGGCCUCACCUCUCUACUGUCCCGUUUGUCUCCCUCGUCUCCCUGACUCUUCCCUGCUGGGCUGUGGGCUGUGGAUGCCCGGCACCUUGAGGUCCUGGAGGAGGUUUGGGAGGGCAGUCCAUGGGGGAAGGAACCAGGUGGCCUGAGGGGAGGAGGAAAGUGGCUUGAGCCUCCCCACCUGCCUGAGCAACCCACAGGCAGCCAAGCGUGUCAGGCUGGGUGGGGCCUGGGGACACUGAGACUGGCAUGGGGCCACCUGGGCCAGGAGGGCAAGCUCAGCUCCCACAGCAGGCAGAGGAGCUGCUUGUCUUAGGUGGUGGUGGUACAGCCCUGGGACCAAGCUUAAGGAGAGAAGACGAUCCCUGCCAAGAUGGAGAGAAGGAGGGAAACUGGAUGUCCUGGCCUUGUUUCCUCUCCCGUUCUGUAGGAGAAGGUGGCCAGAGACACUGACAGGCAGAAAUCAAGAAGCCUCAGCCCCCACCUCCCAGAACCCUGUGUUCCUGCCCAUGUUGCAUGCCAGGGUGCCUGCUCUCCUUGCCCUGCGAAUUCCAGGGUUAUAGUUGGGAGAGGCUGAAAGAGAGGGUCCAGAAAU